AUGCCGUUCGGUGAAACGAUUGCUGUGAUUGACAAGUCUGGACAGGUGGUUAGCACGAGCAAACACCUGUUCGGCGUCUUCAGCCAUGCAAAAAACGCCUACCGCGAGCGCAAAGCUCAAGUCCAAUCCGAGCGAAAUGCGAAGAUUGCGGAGAGGAUCGCGGAACGGGAAGCACUGAAGGCAUUGCAGAACUAUACUAUUGAUGAUGCCCCGUCAGUAGCUUCAUCGCGGAGAAGUCGGUCGCGACAUCAUCAUCAUUCGGGUCGAAGCCACUAUGACCGCCCCCGCGGCGAAUCAAUCUAUGAGCAGGACCUCCAUUCUUCCGCAUCUCGUGCAAGGUCCCGUGCAAGGUCUCACUAUGAACCUCCAACUGAUAUGGUCCGCCGUCACACUCACCAUGAUAUCAUGGUGCGAGAAACGGAAGCUCGCCCCCUUGCCACUCGCUCUAAAUCCGAUGCGCAUGUGGAUAUGGAUCUGGCCUAUGGCGAGUUCAAUCCGGAUGCUAUAGCCCCGCGAGAAUCUCAAGACCAAUUCGAUGAUCCCGAGCUGGGUGGCCUUGUGAAAAAGGCCCAGUGGUUACUGGAGGAAGCCAACUGCGUGCAGCACACAGCGACAGCUACAAUCGACCACCUUCAGAAGAAUCCGGAUGCCAUGGCAGCGGUGGCGCUUACUCUCGCAGAAAUCAGCAACGUCGCUGGCAAGAUGGCGCCAUCUGCGCUCACGAUGUUAAAGACCUCAGCGCCAGUGAUCUGGGGCUUGCUCGCCAGCCCACAGUUCCUGAUUGCUGCCGGAGUCGGUCUCACAGCCACAAUCGUCAUGUUUGGCGGCUACAAGAUCGUCAAGCAGCUGCAACAACCUUCAGCCGUCGCGCGCGAACCGGCACAGUUCGAUCCGCAAUCUGGCCCACAACAAAUGGACGAGAUGAUAGAAUUCAACACCGAGUGCCUCAGUUCCGUGGAGAUGUGGCGCAGAGGCGUGGCAGACGCCGAAGCCGAGAGCGUCGCAACCUCCGUGGACGGAGAGUUCAUUACCCCCAGGGCUGCCGCGAUGUCCGGCAUCGAUAUCACCACUGCCCGAAUGUCUCGAGACCCGCGCUUUAAGUUCGACGAUGACGAGUCCGUCGCAUCUUCCCGUCGGUCCCACCGUUCCCGCCCUCCUCGAUCUACGCACACUCACAGCCGCGCUCCCACCAAAGUGGAUACAAGGGUGGAAUCUAAAUCGAUCUUCUCGAGGCACACAAAAGCACCCCCGUCUAAAGCUCCAUCCAAGGCCCCUUCGCGGGCACCUUCGAGAGCUCCAUCCUCCGCUGAAUCCCGUCACUCAGAAAAGGACAAGAGCAAGAAACCCAAGGAAAAAGUCAAGCGGUCCAGUCGGCUUCGCCUCAUGUUCACAGCUUGA